UCAUUUUGAGAAAGUAGCUAAAUUAAAAGCUCUAUAAAUAGCCAGUGGUUCUGCAGUUAGUUAGGACUGAAGGUGCUGGCUGAGGAGGCAGAUCAUUCCCCAUCAGCUUGCAAAUUUGCAUCGUGUCAUCAUCUGCACCAUGAAGUCGUUGGCUGGGUUCCUCCUUCUGUUCUCCAUCAUGGAGAAAUACUCAGUGGUACAUGGUGACGAACAAGUUCAUUUGUUCAGGAGAACUGUUGAGUGUCCCACUGGAUGGACUGCAAUCAAAGAUCGCUGUUUCAGUUUUGUUGCUAUUGCCAAGACUUGGGCUGCAGCUGAGAAACACUGUCUGUCCUUGGGGGCAAACCUUGCAUCAGUUCACAGCAAAGAGGAUUACCAAGAGAUUCAGACUCUGAUAUUUAAGGCAGCUAAUAAGAUCAUUACAGCGUGGAUCGGAGGCUCUGAUGCACAGGAGGAUAACAUUUGGUUUUGGAGCGAUGGAUCCCCUGUGACCUUCACCAACUGGUGUCCAGGACAACCUAACGGACUUAUCCGCCAGAACUGCAUUCAGAUGAACUAUUCAAAAAAACUGUGCUGGGAUGACGUGAAGUGUUCUCUUAAGCUGCCGUCUGUCUGCGUCAAGAAAAACUCACCACCCACAGAGGCUGCGGCUUAAAACAGAGUGGAGGAUGACUGCUGCAUGUUUCUUUUUUCCUGCAAAAUAUAAAAAUAAAUAAAAAUUGCGAGGGAAAAAAAAAACUCAGCCUGUUUUUAAUUUCACUUCCUUCAAGCUUGUAGUCAUGCUGUUUAAAUCAAAUGUUGCAGCAACUUUUAUUUCCAUGAAUAAGUUGCUAAGUGAGGAGUUGAUUCUGUGAAAGGUGCUGAGCACAAAUGAUCUAAAAUAGAAACCUGUGCAUUCAACUGGAGGGCCUUGGUUCUGUGAAACCUACUCUCUUUUUUUUGUAAUAAAUCACCUUUAUAUAUAA